AUGAAGAUUGUGCCUGCCUCACAGACAUUGUCUCUAAUCCUGAAGACGUUCCAAGACACUAUAGUCCCUACACUCCAGACAGCCGAGACGAAAGAUGCAGCAAAUUUGAUCCAGACUGCAUUGAGCGAUCUCCUCCGGCGACAGGGUCCUGGCUUUGAUCUCCUGCAAAAAUGCUUGGACCUGGGACAUAGUCUUCGAAUAGAGAUCCUCGAGUUCUUGAUCGCUCAUGGCAAGACCCAGCCUUCGGUGCCUAAUGGCAUCAGCAAUGGCCAUGCUGCUGCUCCUGGGGACUUUGAGACUUUGGCUUCUGCGCAUAGCAAGCUGACGCACGAGAUCGAAACAUUAUGCAUCGAACUGUCAUCAAUACGAGAACCAGAGACUGGCGACCUGUUACGCAAAGCAGCGCAUUGGGAAGCAGAAUACUACAAACUCAUCUCACAGACGACCGUAGUGCCUUUUGAAGAGUCAGUUAAUGGCGCGGAGGAGAACAAAGCACAAGGUCUAUCGAGUGAAUUCCUUCAGACUCUCAUGUCCGAGCGCCACGGGCCGCUGGAGAUCGAAUCCUUCUCUUCAUUGCCUGGAGGAUAUGGUGGAAAGCAAACGUAUUUCACCACAGUUGUUUACGCCGAUGGACGUCGAGAAGAACUUGUGAUACGCAAAACAGGCCCUGUCCCUCCUGUCACGCAUUCAAACUUCAAUCUGGAAGAGGAGUACAGUUUUCUCCGCUGUUUGGCAGAAACUGACUUUCCUGCGCCACAUCCAAUUGAAUUGUUCAUUAAGGACUCCCGCCUCGAUGGAAGCUUUUACACCAUGAAUCGCUUGCCAGGAAAAGUUCCAGGUACCUGGCUGGGAGGCGGUUCGGAGAAAGUCUCAGAGGAAGUGCUCUUUCAGCUUGCUGAGUUGUUGGCAAAGCUUCACCGGACGCCAACCAAGGUAUUCGCGGAGCAUGUCGAGAGAUAUGAAACCCCAGACUCGGUCACCGAGACAAUAUCAGAUCGCUACCGUGGUCUUCUGAAAGCAUGGAAGAAAUACGCUGCCGAGGUGGAACACUUGCCUUCUCCUUUCACCGAAUGGCUGUUUCACUGGUUGGAAAGCCAUAUACCGCAUGACGAUCGGUCUCCUGUGCCGAUCCACGGAGAUUUUUUCGUUCAUAACACACUCGUUAACGAAGAAGGUCGGAUAACGAGCGUGCUGGACUGGGAAUGUGCAGACCUGGCAGCACCUGAGCAGGAUAUUGCAUAUGUCCAACCUCAUGUCAUCAAACAUAUGGACUGGGAUAAGUUCGUUGCUCAUUACCUGGCCUCGGGGGGGCAGAAGCUGAAUCAAGAGAGCUUUGGGUUCUGUUUCGCAUUCGCCAUCAUGAGAAUAUUCCUCGCUGGAAACCGAUCAUCGUUGAAUCUGCAACGCGGUAUCAAUCGGGACCUGAGGUUCGUGAUGAUGGAGCUCGGUUUCGCCGGAGCAUUGAUGCAAAUGGGUUUGAAUUGUACGCAAUAG